AUGUCUGCCACCGAGAAUGCCAUGGCGAGGUUCCUUUUUGCUAUCCUCCAGCAAAAAUCUCUGAAGGAUAUCGACUGGAACGAGGUAGCCGCCAGCCCAUUUCUCUCCCAAACGAUUUCGAACGGCCAUGCCGCCCGCAUGCGCUACUCGCGAUUCCGAGCCUCCAUGCUAGGCACCGAACCCCGACCGAGAAACCGUACGAAUCCCGACAAGAACCGAGUUACAAAGGCAAAGAAUAAGGAGGAAAAGCCCAAGAAAAAGGCAGUCAAGGUCGAGAAAGAGAAGGAGGAAGGAAAAGUGUCCAGGAGCAAAGCCGCCCCCGCGAUGCCAUCUCCGCCUCUCAAGGACGAGAAAGAUUUCAUACCUCCCGAACCAUCAUCCAUCGACAACCUUUAUUCCACACCGACCUCCAUGGCCACGCCCAUGUCCGAUAUACAAUCACGAAUGCGCAUGCGCCUCCUCACUCCCUGCAGCGACUCGGAUGCUCUCACGACGUCACCUCACAUCUAUACCCCGGCAGCAGUCCCGGCAUGUCCCACCGACAUGCUUCUCGGUCAUACAGGCGCUCCUUUCCAUUUCACCGGCUCGUCCACCACCACCACCACCACCGGAUCCUGGCAGCCCACUUUACCUACCUACGCUGGUUAUGGAAUGGGAUAUGAACUGGAUGCAUACGCCACGGCUUUCGCCGUUAGCGCCUCCCAGCAGAACGAACAGCAUGCUGCUGAACAACUUCGAGUACACGCUGCCAUGAUGGAACAUGAGAAUCACACCGGCAUGAUCAAGCAGGAAGACUGGGAUGCUCAGCAGUAUCAAUGCUGA